UCUAAUAAACAAGAGAAGAAGACGAAGGCGGUAGCAGAGUUAUAUACUAGCGUACUACUGUACUUAAGAGUAUUCUAAAGUAAGACUCUAUGUAGGUAUUAUUACAUACUCGUUAGUACUUUAGUACUAUUUGGACAAUUUGGACUAUUUAUUCAAGCAGAUUUCUUACGCUGAACUUUUGCUGUGAGUUAUUAACUAAAGUUAGUGACUCAGUGGUAAACAAUAUGUACUUUUACUUACUUCCUAUGGAGUGUUAUAAGUAUAUGGAGUUAUAAAGAGCUAAAAUGGGUCCUAGUAAAUACAGUGUUAUGGUUAAACAUGUCUUGACUGUGGGAAGGUUUGCAUGGAGAAGCUGUUCAUCCUGGACAAAUCCAUUAAUCAGGUUGAAAUCAGUCCAGACAAAUGACAUCUCACUGUGUCCAUGUCCUCAUAAAAAUCUCAAGUCUCUGCAGUGGUGUUUCUCCAGCAGGACUUUCUCAGUAAGUGUCUGGAAACAGAAGAGCAAAAGCCACAACCCUGGUCAUGAUGAUGAAGAACAGCACAGUGAUGAAGAUGAGGAGGAUUUUAUUGAGGAUGAAGAAGUGGAGGAGAUUUUUCAGCAGCAGAGACCUGCAGCAAUUGGAGAAGAGGAUCACCGGGUGUUCAUUGUUCAUCCUGAUGUGAAGUGGGGACAUAAAAAGCAAUACCUGACCACAGCUGAUCUGCAGAUGGCCGAGGCUGUUGGUCUGGUCAGCACCUUACAGAACUGGACAGUCGUGGAUAAGAUCGUCCUCUCCACCAAAACACCGGAAAAGAAAAGAAUCUUUGGAAAGGGGAAUUUCCAGAUGCUCACAGAGAAAAUCAGAAGAACCGCCGGCGUCUCGGCUGUGUUCAUGAACGUUGAGCGUCUGUCGCCGGGAUCAGAGAGAGAGCUGCAGGAGGCCUGGGGGGUGAAGGUGUUCGACAGAUACUCACUGGUUCUGCAUAUUUUCCGCCGUAACGCCAAAACCAAAGAGGCCAAACUGCAGAUCUCGCUGGCAGAGAUUCCACUGCUCAGGUCACGACUGAAGAACGAAGUUGCGAACUUGGAUCAGCAAGGUGGAGGUUCGAGGUACAUCAUGGGCUCAGGUGAAACUCUGUAUGAGGUGCAGCAGAGGCUCCUGAAGGAGCGAGAGCUGAAGAUUCGCUCUGCACUCGAGAGACUGAGGAAGAAGAGACACAUGCUCCGAUCGCAGCGCAAACACAAAGACUUCCCCAUCGUCUCGGUCAUGGGCUACACCAACUGUGCUUUUCCUGUCCGAGCUGUGGAUGUCUCCAUCUCCUUCAGAGUUACCCUUGGUAAGACCACACUAAUCAAAGCUCUGACCGGUGACAUUGCUCUCCAGCCGAAAGAUCAGCUCUUUGCCACUCUGGACGUGACGGUACACGCCGGUCGGCUGCCCAGUCACAUGACCGUGCUGUAUGUGGACACCAUCGGCUUCCUGUCUCAGCUGCCGCACCAACUCAUUGACUCGUUUUCAGCCACGCUGGAGGACGUGGCACAUUCUGAUCUCAUUGUUCAUGUGAGGGACAUCAGUCAUCCAGAGACGGUGAAUCAAAAAGUCAACGUGCUUAACGUUUUAAAGAAUCUUCAGAUCCCAGAAAGGCUCAUGAACUCCAUCGUAGAAGUGCACAACAAGAUUGACCUCAUUGAAGGCUACGAGUCACCGGAUCCCGAGGCUGUGCCAAUAUCAGCGCUGAAUGAGCUGGGACUGGACGAGCUAAAGCACAAAGUCGAAGAAUCCGUCAUGAAGUCAACUGGGAAACAAACCAUGAUUCUGAAAGUGGAUCUCAACAGCCCUCAGUUAGCGUGGCUGUAUAAGGAAGCCACCGUUCAGGAAGUGCAUGACGGAGAUGACGACUGUACCGCCAACGUCAAGGUUGUGAUCAGUGCUGCAGCAUACGGACGCUACAGGAAGCUGUUCCAGGUCACUUAGCAACACACACCUGAGGCGUGUGUCUGUCCUCUUUCUGACGCUGCUUAUUCACUGUGAACAUAGCUGAGUAAAUAUUUAUUUAUGAAAACAUUUCAAAUAUCACACAGUGUUAAAUUAUUGUAGAACCAAAGUAAAUAAAAUUGUACAAAAGUAA